AUGGGCAAGUUAAUCAAGAACCACUGGGCGCGCCUCGUCAUCCUCACGGCUGCUGCGUAUCAAAUAGGAGCUGCACUCGAAUGCUUCUUCUGGCCCAAGAUCUUCUGGGACUUUGCUACCAAGAACCUCGAUGGCGCCGUAAAGCCCAUCCCCGUACUCCAAGUCAUCAACAUGAUUCUCGGCUUCAUCGGUCUAGCAUGGGAAUGGCCAUUGCCACUGCUCGCUGGCACAGGACUGCACCGCUCGAUUGAAGCGCGCCUGAUCAUCUACCCGCUCAGUGCGCUGUGUGCGCUUUUGAUCUACCAAGGCACCAACUCGGGACUCUACUACAUCAUCGGCAUGGGAGCGUACUUCUGGGCGUUCAGCGAGGGCGAGGUCGUCUGCCCCGAGCCAUGGACUCUCCCCAAGCGUGGUUCCACAGCCCGCAAGAUGACCGCAUAG